AUCGCGGAGACUGUCGCGUGGAUCCGUUCUUCGCGAAAGCAACAAGUAGAUAAAUACAAGUCAAGAUUUCAAAAUUGUCGCUUCUCCAACGCCGUGAGUAGGAUUUCACUCCGUUAGAAAGACCAAGUAAGAAAAGUGAAGUGUUCUUACGAGUGGUUAGAAAAUUACGGUACACGUAUCUUCGAAUUUCUUUUCAAGAGAAAGAAGAAAUUUCUGGAUCGAUAUGAUCCGUCACCUUUUGAUAGGGCUUGUGAUCCUCUGUGGAACCAGCGCGCAAGAAACAUGUGUUUCACCACGGAAUAGACCUGGUAUUUGCAUCAAUAUAUACAAUUGCAAGCCAAUAAUAGAAAUUUUUCGAACGCAAAAACCAUUGUCGAAAGAACUUCAGGACUACAUAGGCAGUUUACAAUGCGGAUUCGAGGAUACCGUUCCGAAAGUAUGCUGCGAACAACAGGUGGAACAUUUCGGAUCUGUAACGCCUUCUCCACGGCCAACGGAAGAACCGAACGUGAUGUCCGGAGUUCCAGAUCCUCCGGACGUUACGAAUCAUCCGAAUUUACCACUGUUGAGUCACGACGUGUGCGGCCCGGUGACACAACAGAAGAUCUUCGGUGGAAACAAAACCGGCGUCUUUGAUUUCCCGUGGAUGGCUCUGCUUUUAUACGACAACGGCAGACAGGUUCCGGAAUACAGGUGCGGAGGGACCUUAAUCAACAAACGAUACAUACUCACUGCCGCCCACUGCGUCACAUUGUUGACGAAUAAUUUCCGGCUGAUCGGAGUACGACUUGGAGAACACGAUUUAAGCACCGAACGUGACUGUGACAAAGAUGCCGACGGUCUCGAAGUUGUUUGUGCCGAGAGAUAUCAAGAUUUUGGUAUAGAGAGUGUGCACUAUCAUCCGGAAUACUCGAACGUAAAACUGAUCAACGACAUUGGAUUGAUACGACUGAACGCAGAUGCCGAUCUUACGCCGCAAAGCGUUCGGCCGAUAUGCUUGCCAAUUGGAACAGCCGCGAACAUAACCCGGAAAAAGGUGAUCGCGACGGGUUGGGGAGUGACCGAACGUGGAUUACGAAGUCAAGAUUUGCUCCAAGUUCAAUUACCGCUAGUGAGUCUAGAGAAAUGUAAAAAUCAGUUUAAGAGCAAAGUGAAUAUUUCGUACAAGCAGAUAUGCGCGGGUGGUAAAAGAGGUUUAGAUUCUUGUUCGGGAGAUAGCGGUGGGCCGCUUCAAGCUCCUGGUGUGUACGAUAAUAAUCUGAGAUACGUUCAGUACGGAGUUGUCAGCUUUGGGACUAUACCUUGUGCUACGGAGGGAUCUGCCGGAGUUUAUACCCACAUUGCGUACUACAUGGAUUGGAUCCUAAACACUAUUACAAGACGACGAGACAUGCACAUGAUGCAACGGUACGACGAUUGCAACUGUGCAUUGACGCAAACGGUCACCACUUCGAACAUCUCCGAUAUUACAUUCGAUAAUCCAAACGAGGAAUCUGGACGAGAAGAUUUUUUUGGAGCAGAAACAUGUGUUUCACCGCGGAAUAAACCUGGUGUUUGUACCAAUAUAUACAAUUGCAAGCCAAUAAUAGAAAUUUUUCAAACGCGAAAACCAUUGUUGAAAGAACUUCAGGACUACAUGAGCAGUUUACAAUGCGGAUUCGAGAAUACCGUUCCGAAAGUAUGCUGCGAACAACAGGAAUCGGUAACGCCUUCUUCACGGCUAACGGAAGAACCGAACGUGAUGUCCGGAAUUCCAGAUCCUCCGGACGUUACGAAUCAUCCGAAUUUACCACUGUUGAGUCACGACGUGUGCGGCCCGGUGACACAACAGAAGAUCUUCGGUGGAAACAAAACCGGCGUCUUUGAUUUCCCGUGGAUGGCUAUGCUUUUACACGACAACGGCAGAGAAACGAGAUACAGGUGCGGAGGGACCUUAAUCAACAAACGAUACAUACUUACUGCCGCCCACUGCGUUACAUUGUUGGAGAAUAAUUUCCAGCUGAUCGGAGUACGACUUGGAGAUCACGAUUUAAGCACCGAACGUGACUGUGACAAAGAUGCCGACGGUCUCGAAGUUGUUUGUGCCGAGAGAUAUCAAGAUUUUGGUAUAGAGAGUGUGCACUAUCAUCCGGAAUACUCGAACGUAAAACUGAUCAACGACAUUGGAUUGAUACGACUGAACGCAGAUGCCGAUCUUACGCCGCAAAGCGUUCGGCCGAUAUGCUUGCCAACUGGAACAGCCGCUAACAUCACCCGAAAAAAGAUGAUCGCGACGGGUUGGGGAAUGACCGAACGUGGAUUACGAAGUCAAGAUUUGCUCCAAGUUCAAUUACCGCUAGUGAGUCUAGAGAAAUGUAAAAAUCAGUUUAAGAGCAAAGUGAAUAUUUCGUACAAGCAGAUAUGCGCGGGUGGUAAAAGAGGUUUAGAUUCUUGCUCGGGAGAUAGCGGUGGGCCGCUUCAAGCUCUUGGAGUAUACGAUAAUAACCUGAGAUAUGUUCAGCACGGAAUUGUCAGCUUUGGGCCAAAAAAUUGUGGUAUGGAAGGAUUUGCCGCAGUUCAUACCCGCGUUGCGUAUUACAUGGAUUGGAUCUUGAACACUAUUACAGCAUAA